AACAUGAGUGACAGAUUGUAUACAAGUAACACCACCAUGAAAACUUUAGUACCAAAUACUCUCUGUCCUAGGGUUUGACCCGAUUUCCCCCUUUUGAUUUUCUCUCUCCUCCAUUGAAGCAUUUUACGAGCUCCAUACUCCAUUUAAGAUUGAUGUGUUUUUUCGUUCUCAAAUUCUCCAUUAAAGCAACUAGUGAGCUUUAAUUUGUCUUCUCGAUGAAAGUGUACUCUCAAUUCUCCAUUAAAAGCAGCGUUUGAGUUUUUCUCUCGGCGUGGUGAGCUUGCUCUCUCCUUCACUGAACCGACUAUCACUCCUCCAUUGAAGAAGCUUUUGAGCUUUCUCUUGGCCUCCAUUGAAUCAACUUUAAUUUGACAGUUUUUUUUUGGUCGAAAUUAUCAGUUGUAUAUGUUUAUUUUUCACUAAAAAAUUAAGUUGAACUACUUCCCUUAAGCUCCAUACUCGGGCGGCUUUCUUGUUCUGCUCCACAACUUCUCCUUCCUCCUGCAUAGCUUCUCCUCUAAGCAUUGCAAUCAGCAUUGCUUUUGGAUCAUGAAGGAUGUUUUGAAAUUCAGCAAAAACGGUUCUAUCGAGUUUUAAAGGUUUUGGUAAAUUUGAUUUGAAGGGUGCUUAUUUGUGUUCUCUGAAGAAGGGAGCAAGUUACUGUCACUUUGAUUUUUGGACUGCAUCGUGGAAAAAAUGGCUUGUGUGAAGUUGGGAUCUAAGAGUGAUGCAUUUCAGAGAAAAGGGCAGGCAUGGUUCUGCACAACUGGUCUUCCAAGCGAUAUUGUCGUUGAAGUUGGAGAAAUGUCUUUCCAUCUCCACAAGUUUCCUUUACUCUCACGGAGUGGUGUCAUGGAAAGAUUAAUUGCUGAAGCUGUUGAAGGAGAAGAGGGUUCUGUUAUAAGCUUAAGUGAUUUGCCUGGUGGAGCUAAAAUGUUUGAACUUGUUGCGAAGUUCUGUUAUGGUGUGAAACUUGAACUUACAUCCUCAAAUGUUGUAUACUUGCGCUGUGCUGCUGAACAUCUUGAAAUGACUGAAGAGUAUGGAGAAGGUAAUCUGAUUUUUCAAACAGAAACAUUCUUAAUUCAAGUGGUCCUCAAAAGUUGGAAAGAGUCUUUGAGAGCUCUCCAAACAUGUGAUAAUAUACUUUCCUUUGCUGAUCAACUCAACAUUACAAAGAGAUGUAUUGAAGCAUUGGCUGUCAAGGCAAGCACUGACCCCAAUCUAUUUGGCUGGCCUGUUGUGGAACAUGGUGGCCCAAUGCAAAGUCCUGGUGGCAGUGUUCUGUGGAAUGGCAUUAGCACAGGUGCGAGACCUAAAAAUUCAAGCUCGGAUUGGUGGUAUGAUGAUGCGUCAACUUUGAGCUUCCCUCUUUACAAGAGGCUGAUAUCAGUCAUGGAAUCUCGGGGCUUGAAAUCAGAGAUUAUUUCUGGAUCCAUUGCUUAUUAUGCUAAAAGAUAUCUACCUGGACUAAACCGGCGGCAAGGUGAUUCCAGCUCCCGUCUCGGGCCUCCAUCUAUGUCAAGUCCACCGUCUGAAGAAGACCAGAGGUUAUUGGUUGAAGAGAUUGACCGAUUGCUCCCCAUGCAGAAGGGGCUUGUCUCAACAAAGUUCCUUUUUGGCCUACUUCGAACUGCCAUGAUACUUCGAGCAGACUCAGCUUGCCUAUCAACUUUGGAAAAGAGAGUUGGAAUGCAACUUGAUCAAGCAAAUUUGGAAGACCUUUUGAUGCCCAACUUUUCUUAUUCUAUGGAAACUCUAUAUAAUGUGGAUUGUGUACAGAGGAUUCUCGAGGAUUUCCUCAUUAUGGAUCAGGCAAAUGGGGGUGCCUCCCCUUGUUCCAUUGAUGUCGGACAAUUGAUAGGCUCACCUUCUUUGACCCCUAUUACAAUGGUUGCUAAAUUAAUUGAUGGGUACCUUGCUGAGGUGGCACCUGAUAUUAAUCUAAAACUUCCUAAAUUCCAAGCCCUUGCUGGAGCUGUUCCGGAGUUUGCAAGGCCCUUGGAUGAUGGCCUUUAUCGUGCUAUUGACAUAUAUCUUAAGUCUCAUCCUUGGUUAUCAGAAGCAGAGAGAGAACAAUUGUGUAGGCUAAUGGAUUGUCAGAAAUUAUCCUUGGAAGCUUGUACCCAUGCCGCCCAGAAUGAGAGGUUGCCCCUAAGAAUAGUAGUACAAGUCCUCUUCUUUGAGCAGCUCCAGUUAAGGAAUUCGAUUGCUGGCUGCUUUUUGGUUUCAGAGAAUCUUGAAGGCUCCAGACAGUUGAGAAGUGGCGUUGUUGGAUCCAAUGAAGGAGGUUGGGCUACCGCAGUGAGAGAGAAUCAGGUAUUGAAAGUUGGAAUGGACAACAUGAGAAUGCGGGUUUCUGAGCUCGAGCAGGAGUGCACAAACAUGAGAAAUGAAAUUGAAAAACUUGGUCGAGGUAAGAGUUCAAGUGCUUGGGGAAAUGUGUCCAAGAAGUUGGGUUUCAGGCUCAAGUCUCAAAUGUGCAGUGCUGAAGAAGGGUCAGUCAGUAACCAAAGUAGUGUUGUAAGUGGAAAAAUUGAAAAGUUGAAGGAAAAGCCAGGGAAGCACAAAAAGAACUUGUAAUUUUUCUUCUCUUUCUCAUCCAAGCCGCUGCCUCCAUUUCUACCAAUUCCUUCAUUUAUUUUUGGAAGCCCGAUCAAAUUUCACUGCUAACCAUCUUUCUAUCUCCUGAACUGGAGCAGAAUCUCCCAAAUUGUGUAUUAGUGAUUCUACAUUCCUUUCCCAUCUUUACCAGUGACCACGUCUUUGUAAUGAAGUGUACUACAUACAUACAAGCUGUAUUAAACUCGUUGAGUUACAUGUGCAUUCUUCUUAGGACAUCUAUUGUAAUGAAAAAAAAAAAAUCUGUUUUUGCUAGUUGAUUAAAGCUUGUGAUAUAAUUUUGCUACAUUUUGAGGAGUAUAGCUUGUAUUUGUAAUUGGUUGCUUGAAAAUGUUAUUCCACAGCUUUUAGCUUGUUGCUCCGUCA